ACAGGCCUGAUCGUCAAUUCAAGCGUUUGUCACCUGCCGGAUUUUGAUCCGUGGGAUGACACCAUCCGGGAUAUGCUACAGAAGGAGACGCCUCUGAAGGAAUGCUCCCACGACCAGCCGAUCACCCUGACCCAGCGUGGACUGCAGCUGACCAUGGAGGUCCAUCAUUCCCGUCUGAAGGGAGGCUGCCAGCCAGAAUGUUGCAUGCGCAGCGUGGCUCGAGACAAGGAUGGAAGGUCCGACGACGCGUUCCGAUUUGGAGUUAAAGAGACAUGUUUCCGGGGCGAAUCCACACUAAACGUCACAGACGAGUUCAUUAGGGUGAGAUGCUUCUGUUCAACCACUCCAAAGGCGACAUUGUACGAGGAUUUCAGAACAUUCAUCGUUCCUAAGGCCAACAAUACGGAUUCACAACCCAAAAGUGAUGUCAAGAACAAAGAGAAGGUUGGCGUAUACUUGGUUGGACUAGACUCAAUUUCCACAUUGAAUUUCAAGCGCUAUUUGCCAAAAGUUCAGCAGGUCCUCGAAAACGAGCUUCGUGCAAUACCGAUGACGGGACUUACUAAGGUUGGUGUUAAUACUUUUCCUAAUAUAGUGCCUUUGCUAACGGGUCUGGCUGUGAAUCAACUAAACCAGUCUCUGCGUGGCAGCCCCUUUGACCAUCAGCCUUUCAUAUGGAAGUCGUUUGCCGCUCUAGACUACGUAACUCUGUACAUGGAAGACGAGCCUCUCUUCUCCACCUUCAAUUACAUGAAGAAAGGAUUUUUCUCCCAGCCUACUGACCACUACGGUCGGCACUUGUACCUGGCAAUACAUCGUUCAAAACUGGCAAAGCGUAGUGGCAACCACUGUGUGAACGGUCGCCUCACGCUUGACCUCCAGCUUCAGUGGCUCGAAGACCUCAUCGCUCAACCAGAUCCGUCUCCGCAAUUCGCGCUCGUGUUCAGCAACUCCCCAAGCCACAAAGGUCCUCUUAGCCACAUCAGACCACUGCAGCCUCGUCUGCUCCAGUUUCUGCAGACGUACCGUACCUCAAGACGCUACAACUCGUCGAUCUUGAUCCUUUUUAGCGACCACGGCAUGCGUUUCGGUCCCAUCAUGCGUACAGAACUGGGUGGGUACGAGUCGAGGAUGCCGCUCUUCUACAUCGUACCACCGCCGCGGUUUGAGACUGACCACCCAGAACGUCUCGCCAGCCUGCGCACCAACUCCCGGAGGCUGACUACCUUCUUUGACGUCCACGCUACGUUGCGGGACGUUCUCUUAGACGCCGGAGCGACCAGCUCCGAUCUGCCCGUCUUCCCCGGCCCCGGGCAUAGUCUGUUUGCGCCUGUGCCCGAAGAGAGGUCCUGCGAAGAUGCUGGAAUCGCACCUCAGUGGUGCGUGUGCCGGGUGCGUCAACCACUUCCUCCUGACCUUGAUGUCGUCAGCCGCGUCGCGAACGCCACCGUGCGUCACAUUAACGACGUCCUGCUGCGCCAGGUUCGAGCACAGUGCGCCGAGCUGCGUUUGCUACGAGUGAUCGACGCAUAUCUGACUCUCUCCGAGACUGGUGGGAAGGUGAAGGACACUCAUUACAAACUGGAGGCUUUCGACGAGAUCUCUGUGCGACUGGUGACGGAGCCCGGUCUCGCUGAGUUCGAGUCCACUGUGCGCUGUUUCCAGGGACUCGGCUCCUCCGAGCAGAGCCACCAGCGGACUGCUGCAGUGGAGGGGCUGGACGGCCGCUGCCGACCGCACCACAGGCUCUCCGUCAUGGACGUGUCAAGGCUCAACCUCUAUCGCGGACAGAGCGAAUGUCUGAAGGAGCACUUCGACGAGAGGAGGUUUUGCUACUGUAAAGAGCUGCUGUGAGCACCCUGCUUUAGAUAGCACGAUGUGGCCUGUGCUGUGUAGAGUGCGAUGUUGCCGAUG